GAUAGUAGUGCGCUUUCUCGACCAGUACACAGGAAAAGCAUACAGUUUUGAUCAGCACUCAUGGAGGCGACUGGAGUUUGUGAGAUUGAGUUGCCGAGCCGAAGAAUAGUGGGUGGCAGUGAUUCUCCUCCAGACCUGGACAGCCCGAGUCAGGAGGAGGUGGAGGAGUUUCAUUUAGAUUUGUGCUGCACUGGGGAGGAGAGGGGAGAAACUCCAGGAAGUGAGGACAGUCCCAGUGAUCUGGGGGAGGCAGAGCAUGAUCCUGGGGAAGACACCAAGACUACAGAGGACAAAUCCUUUGGGAAGGAGGUUGUUCUCUUAAUGCAAGCCCUUAACUCUCUAACUACACCGGAGGAGAAACUUGCUGCUCUGUGCAAGAAAUAUGCAGACCUGCUGGAAGAGAGUCGAGGUAUGCAGAAGCAGCUGAAAGUCCUGCAGAAAAAACAAUCCCAGAUUGUAAAGGAGAAGGUCCACCUGCAGGGGGAACACAGCAAAGCCAUUCUGGCCCGCAGCAAGCUGGAGAGUCUCUGUCGAGAGCUGCAGAGGCACAACAAGACUCUGAAGGAGGAGAACGCCCAACGGUCCAGGGAGUAUGAGGAGCAGCGCAAGGAGGCCAUGCUUCACUUUCAAAUGACGUUGGGUGAUAUUGAAGUGCAGAUGGAGCAGCACAGCUCACACAACUCCAAGCUGAGACAGGAGAACAUGGAGCUGGCUGAAAAGCUCAAAAAGCUCAUUGAGCAGUACGAGCUGAGGGAGGAGCACAUUGACAAAGUGUUCAAGCACAAGGAGCUGCAGCAGCAGCUGAUGGAUGCCAAGCUGCAGAGAAUCACUGAGAUGAUGAAAGAAGUUGAGGAGAAGCAGCUGCGAGAGAGAGAAUUUCUGCUGAAGGAUGCCACAGAGUCUCGACACAAGUGUGAAAUGAUGAAGGAGCAAGAGAUACAGCUUAAACAACAGCUCUCGCUGUAUAUGGACAAGUUUGAAGAGUUUCAAAGCACUUUGGCCAAAAGCAACGAAGUCUUCACUACUUUCAGACAAGAGAUGGAGAAGAUGACCAAGAAGAUCAAAAAGCUGGAAAAGGAAACAACCCAGUGGAGGACCAAAUGGGAGAGUAACAACCAGGCUCUGCUGCAGAUGGCAGAGGAGAAAACUCUGCGUGACGGCCACUUUAAAGCCCUUCAGAAGAAGCUGGAGCUGUUGGAGCGAUUGUGCCGGGCUCUGCAGAAAGAGAGGAAUGACCUGAGUAAUCAGGUCGGCCUCCUCCAGGAGCAGGGAGGCGAAGGGACAGCUGCUGCUGCCACCGCUCAGCAGCAGCAGCCCUCAGUCAUGGAAGAGGAAGACGACGACGAACAGGAAGAAGACUCUGAGAAUUCGGUACAGAGCGAAGAGCUGGAGACUGCAGGCGUCCAUGAAGCUGGCAGGCAGCCUGAAACAGUGUCCUUACCGGCUGCUGAUGACAAAACACCAACGAGCAGCCAGACGGCAGAAGCACCAGCCACACCACAGGACUGAAUAAACCCACCUGGUGUGAGUGUGGAGGUGAGGAGGGUGUGAUGGGAGGGUCCGACAGUCUUGGGAAAGGACACAAACGUCUUUAUUAAAAAUGGAAAUUUUUAAAAACUUUUUUUUUUUCAGAUUCUAUAAAACAGCUGAACCCAUAUCUUUUUGUUAUAAUGUUUCACUCAAUAAAAUGAUUGUAUAAUGAUUCUCUACUAAAA